AGGCUAUUGGAUGGAUUGUGCCACCAAAUGCUUGCACCGUUAGAGGUCAAACUGACCAAAGGAUUCGACGCCGUUACAAACAUUCAAGAAAGUGGGUGGAGGUUCAUACUAUUCAUAUGACACAUUCUUUCAUUUGCUUGUUCGGGUUUUGUGGUGACGACGCAAGACUCAUACUAGGAUUCAAAUCGACAAGUUUGUGCAGCCGGUCAACCAAUGGAGAUAAUUUGGCCGCUUUUAUGACACCAAAAAGACGAGCUGCACAGACACACCCCAGCCUGAAAUGCAGGUGCACGUUUAACUUGUUCUGGUGUUUAUACAAAGGCUAACCCGUUGGUGAAAUCUUCAGACUAAGCGAAUAUGAAGUCACGUAUUGCCAACGGUGUGUGCAUGCUAUUUGUAGUUAAUAUCGUGCUUGUUUUUACCUAUAUUUACCUAUUAGGACCUGACGUCACUGAGAGACGGGCACAAGCCAUAAUCGUGCCUAAUUACUGGACAAAUGAGGAAAGACAAACACCAGACCAAACAUUAUGCCCCCUCAUCCGACGACCCACGGAUGUGAAGGAUGCACAGGUAUGGCAAGAGGUGGGCCUCGGUAACAACAUUUAUGUUUUCUCAGCAUUCUACGACGACGCUGGAACGUCUCCUAUUGUUCGGCUUCUUGGUCUGUCUGUAUUUGACAGAUAUGGGUCCCUCCUGUGUCAACUGUGGUUUAAAGACUCCAAGCGCGUGGAACUUUACGAAAUUCAGGCACAUGUGGAGAUGCUAAAGGAGGGUCAUAAGAGAAAAUACCGAGCUGUGUACCUCAAAUGUCCCAUACCAAAAAACCGACGCCCAUAUGCUGUUUCCAUAGUAUCAAAGUCAUGCAAGCAGCCACUUAACUUUCUUCCAGUGAUGUAUUCAAAGAAGACGUCAACAAAGUUUACAGUGUGCGUGACCCCACUCAACUUCAAAUAUAGCCGAGCUUUCGAGUUGUUGGAAAUGGUCGAAUUCAACAAAUUAAUGGGUGCCCAAAAGCUAAUGUUUUAUAAUUACAGUACGGGCACCAAUGUAGACGCUAUCCUCAAGCACUAUGUUGCGGAAGGAUCUGUAGAAGUUGUGCAGUGGCAUCUUCCAGUGCGGGUAGACACGUGGCCGCCAAACGAAAGAGUGGAAGUGCACUAUUUUGCACAAAUUGCAGCUUUAAAUGAUUGCUUAUAUAGGCAUUUGCACAGUUCGAAAUACAUUGUGUUUACGGAUCUGGAUGAAUUUGUAAUUCCAAAAGUAGGUCGAACCUGGUCAUCCCUGGUUCAGAAAAGGUUAUCAGUAAAACCUAAAACUGGUGCUUUCAUUAUAAAGUGUAUCUUUUUCAGGAAAGAAUGGCCAGAAUAUUCGAAGAAUUUUUCCGGUAGGACUGACGCAGUGAAAUAUAAAUCUAUCCUGCUGUUGAACGUGUUGAGAGAGUUUUCUGAUCUGGAAUACUUCACUCGUUCAAAGUUGAUCAUCCUGCCCACUCGAGUGGAGACUGUUGGUGUACACCAAAUUUGGAAGUACCGUCCAGGAUACACACAUGACAAAGUGCCGAAAACUGAUGCCCUCCUUCACCAUUACAGGGACUUCGAGACGCCUAAAGAUGGGAAGAAAAGGAUUAGGGAUAUUUACGUCCACCGUUUCAAGGACAAGCUACUGGCUCAGCUCAGAUCUACCUGGGGUAAACUUCCUAAGGUGCCUCUGAACAUCCCAUUGUCAAACUACAGCAAGCCUUUGUAGGCAAUAAGAAAAGUGUAUCCCCGAAGGCCAAAUCUGACAGAGUGGAUAAAUGAAGUGCAAUAGUCCAGGUCAAUACGAUGUGUGACAUUGUCAUGAUGUAAAAACCAUUACAUGUAAUGUUCACAUUUUGGUUUUACAAUAUUUUUUCUGUUUUUCGCAUUAAUUGCAAUCGCGCCUCUGUUUGUUAUGUAUGCUUCUACAUAUGUUUGUUUGUCAGCUUUCAGCACAAUUUAAAGGUACUGCGUGUGAUUUGU